GAUGCCACGAUGAGCACCUUCGUGGAUUAUUCCGUCAUGAGCGGCGAGGGCGGCUCGUGUUCCGUGAGAGCCUUCCACCCGGAUCACGGCAUCGCCGCGUUCCAGUCGUGCGCCGUGACGGCGGGCAACUGCGGCGCCGAUGAGCGCUUCAUGGCGAGCCGGGCUCCGCCGGACGACGCCCCGCCGCGCGGCUCCUGCCACGCCGGGCUGGCGUACGGCGCGCACGCGGCCUGCGGCUCCGGUUACGGCGCGCCGACUUUCUACAACCAUUACGCGCUGAACCAGGAAGUGGACGCCGCCGCCGCCGCGGGGUUCGCCCAGUGCGGCCCGCUGGUGUACCCGGGUCACCUGGCGCAGGGUCAGCUGCAGUACGCCCACCCGGCCUACGGGGGCGGCCACGAGCCUUUCCCCGGGUGCUCGAACCCUCUGUCCCCGCUCCACGCCGCUCACCUGGAGGGGUGCUGCUCCCCGCUGUCGGAGGGAGCCUCCACAUGUGCGCAGACCUUCGACUGGAUGAAAGUCAAGAGGAACCCCCCCAAGGCAGGGCGGUCAGGCGAGUUGGGCUACGGAGCCCCGCCCAACGCGGUCCGGACCAACUUCAGCACCAAGCAGCUGACGGAGCUGGAGAAGGAGUUCCACUUCAACAAGUACCUGACGCGGGCGCGGCGCGUGGAGAUCGCCGCCACGCUGCAGCUGAACGAGACUCAGGUGAAGAUCUGGUUCCAGAACCGGCGGAUGAAGCAGAAGAAGCGGGAGAAGGAGGGACUCCUGACGGCCAAGGCCGCGCCCUCUGACCCCGGGGAGAGCCUCCGGGAGAAAAUGGACGACGCGGCGUCGGAGAAGUCGGUUUCUGCGCCUUGUACGCCUUCUCCCACUUCCUCCACCGUGUCCUCCACCGGCGCCGACGGGUACUGAUCCGACUGGGAGCGAACUCUUGCACUAUUUGGACUAUUUCCACUCACUGUGGAGGCCGACUCCCAUCAAAGACAGACGAUUGAUGAUCGCGCGUCACCUGGGAUCCACCUGCAUGGGCCGUGGAGGCGCAUGCGCACACCUGCUGAGGCGGCACAGAAGACUUCACGUCCGGGCGGCCAAGAGAGCGACGCCCGUCACUCAUCAGGGUCGUCGAGGUAUCGGCACAUGUUGACCACUCCCACCGCCGUGAUUGGCAGACAAAAUGAAUUCCUCCAUCGACAGGCGAGUGCCGAUAAAAGGAUUGACAGCAUGAUGGAGGAGGACGGCCAGCGGCGAUGA